GAAUCAUAUUAUUAAAGCUGGCGCCAUCCGCUGUUGCCAUUCGCGCAGGCUGUGCUGGGUCCGACGGCAACCGCGCCGCCUCUCCAUCCACGAGAAUUCUGUGACUAACAAUUUCCCAACUUCCUGCAACUAACUCCUCGCCGCCCCUCCUCUCAUUCGUUUGUGUGUGACUAUUGACUGAUUCAUCCGUGCAAUCCGGGGGAAAAAGCAGAAAAAAUUCGCCCUAGUAUUAUUCUCAGAUUUCCUCCGGCAUAAAGAGAGUAUCCCCCGAUUUGGGGUGGCUUGUCACCAUGGGUGCGCCAAACCUUCCCCCCAGUCCAUUUACCCCAGAGAAGCAGUUGCGCUCCAAAGUUAAAAGCGACGAUACCUGCUGGGAUUCCUCCAGGGACUCAUCUCAGUCUCCCUCGAGGUCCCAAUCUAGGUCCAACAGCGCCCGCCGCGGCUCAUUCGGCUCCGUCAAGGAAGACACCACCGGGAUUGCCCAAACAUUUGUUGAUACUCGCCUAACACCAACGUCGCCUGGCACAUCCGUCGAUAUGACUGCUGCCGUCGACCGCAUGCCCGACUUCUGCUGCCCAUGCGGUGGCUUCAUGGGCUGGAAGCACAUACGUCUUCGAGGGAGGAAGGCAAGCAAGAGCUAUGGGGAUUUACGCCGUCUAGACUUUAGAAGCUCGUCAAGCGACUGGGUUUGGGAUACAAGUAAUGGACGCCCAGCCCUUAGGGAGCCUCUUACUGAACAAGAAUUCAAGCACCCUCGGGUUACCAUUGAAAAAUUGCCCGUUGAAGUACUCAUACAAAUCAUAUCUUAUUUGGCAGUGGACCUGCCGCCAAAUGGCUAUACUCCCCGCAAUGUCGACCUCGUUGCAUGUCUAUUGACAUCGCGCACUUUUCAUUCGGCAACUCUAAGCGUGCUCUAUCGCAAUAUCACUGUUCCCCACUCUAUUAUUUUCUCUAAGCUACUAAAGCAUAUCAACAACUACCCGGCAUUGGGAACUAUUGUUCGACGUCUGGACUUUUCUCACUUUACCUCUGUAGGACUCGGUCGUACACGGCAAAUGAACGCUGAGAUCCAGAACUUGACCUCGAAGACACUUUUGCAAUGCUUGGACUUGUUUCCAGACCUGAUGGAAUGCCUGCUGCAAGAACACCUUGAGACAGACAUCAACAAUGCAGUGGUUCAGAAGAUAUUCGGUGGUCUGCCUAACUUGAGGGCUGUGGACUUUGUUGGCUGUUCGUCCCAAGCUUUCUCGAUUGACUUCCUGGAGGCCUUCAAGGCCCCAGCGGAUAUCCCAGUAUACUUGCCGCAACUGAAGAGGUUGUCCCUGCACGAAUGUAGCGGACUUUCACCCGCCGUUUUUGCGACCCUUCUUCCACGACUUGUUAACCUGACCCAUUUGGACCUCGGACGCACCCAAAUCACUGAGGCAGCCCUAUUCACCCUUCCGGAUACUGCUCAGCUGACGCAUCUGAAUCUUUCGCAAUGCUUGCGCCUAUCAGGCCCUCAAGUUGUGAAAUUCUUGACCACGCAUCCUGCCGUUACCGAGUCUCUGGUGUACCUCAAUCUGAUGACCGACCCAUCUCGGUAUCGACUUUUGGAGGCAGACGAUGUGACAGCUUUGCUCCCGAAACUCCGAUCAUCCCUCCGGUCUCUCAACUUGAAUGGUGCACGGAUUGUACCCGAGCAUGUUCCACUACUGCUUCCUUUGACCAAGCAUCUGGAGGAGUUAGGUCUUAGUGGAGCGGAUCUAUCUCCCAGCGAUCUGAAUUCUUUCUUCAUGCCCGUCGAACAACCAAAUGCUAAUGAUGAGGCUGGCACUACUAGCGAAAAGAAGUGGCAACCACCAUCUCUUCACUAUUUGGACUUGAGCAAAUGCCCUCAUAUUUCACUGGCGACUCUCUUCAAUCCUAAUAAAUUUAUCCUUGUCUCUCCACGAAGUAUGCCGCUGGAGGUGAUUGAGUUGAGUGAUAAGCUAAUCGCUCCCCUGCGUGACCGAACAAAAUCAGGACGCUCAAAUGGGUGGGUGGUCAGAGAAAUCGGCCGCCGAGGCUGGUACGUGAGAGAGCCAGUGAAAACCGACCAGACUCUUGAGGCUCCUCUAGACGAUGGUUCGCGUUGGUGGAAAAUGGGCGCCCGUUGGUGGGGAAUGAGAAAGAUCCCGGUCACGGUUGGCGAAGUUGGAGGCAUCUACGGUCACUAUAUGUUCAAAAAGUGAUCAAUUCUUUUCUUCAGUUGAAUUUCUUUCUGCGAAUCAAAAAUGUCUAUUCUUAUACGGCCAUAUUCCCAGCAUGCAUUUGUGAUGGCGUGAACUAUGCAUCUAUUGAGCGUUUGGCAAGUUUUUGACGACUCUAUGGGAUGAUGGAUUGGAUGCUUUAUGAAACUGUCAUUUUUAAAAUACCUCUCUGGCGUUGCUCUAGCGUUAUUGGGGUUCGCAAGUAAUUGGUUAUUGUUAUUGUUACUGAGUGCUUUGGUGAAUGGUGUUUUAGCAAUUAAAACUGUUUUGGUCAACUUAUUUACUUAUGGUCAGUUUAGAAUGAACCUACCAACUACUCUCAAUUUAAACUCUACCAAUAUUCAAA